GAUUGCAAUUGGAAAUGUCUGCGGGUUGUUGACUGAGGUUUGUCACAUCGUUUGAAGCAACACUGUUUUGUUUUCAUUUUUUAAAAAAUGUUUCGCAAGUCUUAUUCUUACUCUAGUGUUUCUGAGCAACAAUCUGGUGGCUGUUGUGGAGGAUCAUGUCGCUGUUUAACCAGGAUACCAUAUGCAACACUGAUUGCUACAGUACUAUGUUGUACUGGGGUUGGCAUAUUCCUUGGCUCAUUUUAUCGUGGCAUUUCUCUAACUCUGAGAACCUUUGAAGAAGUCUUCUUGUUUAAAUUUGAUUGGCUUAUGGACUUGCAUAUUGUUUUCAUAAUCAUUGGUAGCGUAAUGGGUGCCUUCAGUUUAAUUUUAUUAUUGGUUGGCUUUUUGGCAACUGGUGCAACUAGAGAAAGAAUUUACCGUGGAUUCAAAUCCAGAAUUGGUGGAAGAGUAUCAUGUGCCUUCUUUAUGGGAUUGACAUAUAUUUUGGAGCUGGUCUGGUUAAUGGUCUUUGUCUCUCUUGUACUUAUAACAUUUGUAUUCACUGUUUGGUGGGGGAUGUGUAAUAACCUGAAGUAUGAAUCAAACCCUGAAAAUAAAUGUAUUGAUCUAAAGCCUCUUGGAUUUCUUUUCCCUAAUAAUACAGAUGUAAAUCUGCUUAGAAUAUGUGAUGAAGGGAAACAGAAAAACUUCUGUAAAGAUUGUGUGGAACCAUCUGAAGUCUUGUUCAUUGUUGCCCUUGUAGCUAGUUUCUUAGUUGUGCUGAGUUUGGUUCAUUACUUAAUGUGCUUGUCAGCAAACUAUGCUCGCAUAAAAGACAAUGAGAAAUUUCAAGAGUUACAGGAAUUACAAUAUUUACAAGAUACUGAAAUGGGUACCUUGUCAAAAGAUCGUUUUUAAUGUUGCUAUGUUUGAAACUUUUAAUAUUUGCAGAAGCCAUUUAAAUUCUCUUUAAAAGAAAGAGAAUAGUUUUAAGCUCUCUAAGAUAUUUUACUACUUAAAAGUUUGUAUGGCAAAUUUGAGUCUACAGAAUUCAGAACAACUUUGCUUACUUGAAAAUGAAUUGUUAAUAUAAACAAGAUGUUUUGAUAUCUGAAUUUUAGCCAUGGAUAAUUGUUUCUCUUGGUGUUUGUAUGUAAUGUUAGUUUUGGUGGGGAUUACUGUUUACUGUAUUUUUAGUGUACAGCAGAUUUAUAAAAUGUUGACUAUGUGUUUUAGAUUUCAAGUGAAUGUUUAUGUGUUCUAAAUAUUUGUAUUUCGAUGCAUUCCAUUUUUAUUUGCUUAGGAUUUUUAUUGUAUUGAUUAUCUGGCACAUGAAUUUUUAAAUUCAAGCUUUGUAUUAGAAUGACAAUACAUGAUUUUUUACCAUUUAUACUUUACUAGUCUUGCUAGUAUGUUUUUCUGCCGUAAUAUUAUUAUUAUUUGACAUUUGAAUAUUUAGCUAUAAAGCACUCUAAGAGCAUUUAAUCAUUGAAAAGUCAUAACUUAUUUUUCGCUUUGUCGAAGUAUAACAUAAUUACUUCGACAAUACAUAAUUUACAUUAUAGACAGACAAUUCAUUUUGUGUUAUGGUCAUUUUGCAUAUUAUUCAUAAAAUUUGCGUCGCAUUUUAGUUUAAUAAAUUUUUUUAUCAUGUUGGUUUUAUCAUUUUGUUCUAAAUACCAUGAUCCACAAAAAUGUGUGGAUGAUUUCAAAAGAAAUAUAGUGACAUUCCAAAAAUAUUGCAAGGCAUUUUACAAUGCUGCUGUAAGAUGUCUACGCAAAAACUAAAUAGUAGUCAGUGAAACUUUUUCAGUCUUUAAAAAUAUGGAAGCUUCUCAGAAUUAAAAAAGAAAUAAAAUGCUUCAUUAGUGCGAAAAAAUAAUGCAUAUUUAAUAGAAGAACAGUAUUUAUACAUUCCAUCUUUCUAAGAAUGACUAUAUCAUACCUUAAUAAUUAGUAAUAUUUUUAUAUUCAUCUUUAAAACAUGAUUUAUAUAUUUUGUGUUCAAAGGUACUGACAAGCAGUUUUUUUUAAAACAAUGUUAAGUAUUACGAAAUUUGCAACCAAUUUUACUUUUAUAUCUGAAUUAAAUAAACUUUAAAUCAAAUAUUGGUUUAGUGUUUUUUCGUAUUGUAGUUACGACAGAUAUUAUAUAUUUGUAUUAAAAUUUUCUCAUAAUUUAUGUUUCUGAAAUAAUAUUGCAGCUUGGAAAUCCUAAAACACAAAAAUAUUGUGAUAGUAUGUCAUGCAUUCAGUUAGAACAAUGCAUUGGGGAUAAUAAAUUUACAUUGAGAUUUAACCCUUUAUAUCGCAACUCCGAUUCGAAUAUAUAUAUAUAUAUCCUGACUCAGAAGUUAGUAUACAGUAUUUUAAGUUUAUAAAAAUUAUUAAGUUUAGAACAUUGAAAUAAAAAUUUGUUGAUUUAAAGGUUUGCUGAUAUCUGGAAUAUCAUACAAAAUAGUGUGAGUAUUAAACAUUUGUUAGAAUUCAAUUAAGGUGUUAAUUUUUAAUCAACUAUUGUUUUUGUUGUAACAAGAACUUUUCUCACAGUUUGUACAAAUUCUGUGCAUUUUGGAUGUCUGCAAUUUAUUUUUUUAUCUGCUGAGUUUCGUCUUGAUUCAUUGCUGUUGGUGGAAUAUGCUGAGCAGGACCUCGUGCAAUUCUUCUUGUAUUCCACUUUUACAUUGCUUUGUCGUCUUUUUGUUACCCUUGACCAGGGCUUUCAUUUUAUUAUUUAAGGUUUUAGCAUCUUCAAGAUAGAAAACAGCAAAGUGUAGCAUCUUUUUCCCCCCUUCAACUUGCUUUAUAUUUGUAUAAUGAAGUAUUAGUCAAAAUUAAAUCUAAAGAAUGAUAAAGAUUCGAAUCUACUAUCUUCUACUUCUCUACUAUCUUCCUAUAAUACCCAUUUGCCUGUUAUACUUAGAACAAAAGUUCAGUAUGCUUUUCAAUAUGAGUUUUUGCAGAUUUAUUACAGAAAAGGAAGAUAUUAAAUUAAUAGUUUUGUCUUUCCAUGAUGCCAUUGAUAUGUUAACUCCAUUAACUAUUGCAUAUUAUUCAUGAAAAUGUCUAUGAUCUUUUUCUUCAUUUAUCCUUAGGUUAGAUUUUAUAAGUAAAUCUUGGUUCAUCACUCAAAAGUUGAAUUUCAUAUUCAUUAUAUGGCUCUUUCGGAUUAUAUUUCUUCAUAAAAUUUAGAAACUUCUUUAAACAAAUUUGUUCAUCUACAUAUAAAUAUUCAGCAGACAGAACUUUUUAAUAUUGCCAUUUAUUUUUUCCAGAAUAGGUCUUAUUUUGAAAAUUCUAUCUCGAUUAGAUCGAGAAAGGUUUUGAAAAUUGACAUUGAAAUCAUUGAAGCUUAUUCAGAAGCAUAUGUUUUUGAUUAACUGGUACACCAAUAAAACUAAACAUAAAAUUUUGUAGAUUUUUUUGGCACAAACAUUUUAAUGUACGUUUGUGGAAAAUAUUUUUAUUCGUAUUUCCGUGGGUGUUUUUUUUUCCCCCAUCUUAUUAAAUUCAAAGAUUUACAGAACUAAUCAUGCAAAGCUAUGUAAACGAUGAAUGAAUUCUUGUUUUGAAAAAUCGAGUGUGGAUGACUAUACAGAUAGUUUAUGGUUACUAUAAUAUUGCUACAGCCAAUAAAAUCGUUUUUCAAAGCUUGCUUUGAAAGAGAUAUUGAUUUUUUGUGUUUAUUGCUGGAAUGCAACUUGGUGAUAUAGAGGGUUAAACAGAAAAAAAAAGAAAAUUGUCCAAUUAAGCAAGUUUUGUUAUGCAAUAUUAGAAGAAAAAGUACUAUACAAUGCUAUUAUUUCACAGUGUCCAUCUAUAAUUAUUGUUUAUUUUCUAUUAUCAUGAAGAUUUUAUUAGUUUCACUACAUUGCAUUAGGUUCUUUUACUUUUUUUCUGUUAGAGAUAAACUAAGAAUGAAUUAUAUUCAGUCAUCUAAAAUUCUUCAAGUUUUUUCUAAAUUGAUUAAAAAACAACUGUUCUAUGAAGUUGACUGGAUUAUCAUUGCCACUUUGUUUCAUAUCAACUGAAUCUCAGCUACAUGGUCAGAAAGUUAUGAAUUAUAUUAUUAUCAAUUAUGUUGUCUGAAGAACUUGAUGUUGGUAUGUGUAAAAAACCAUACUCCUGUGGGUGUGGGGGUUUCGAAAGCGAAACAAGGUUUUAGAUGUUUUUGUCAUUAAUAACUUUGUAAAUUUGUGAAAUCGCCCCCUGAUGGUUCAUUAUAUUACUUCAAAAGACCUGUUGUUUUAAUAAAUUCAUGCUAAAUUAAAUAUUUAAUAACUAAUACAAUUGCUUAAAAUGUUACUUUUAUCAUAGAGCCUUUAGGAUUUUCUGCUCUACUUGAUAGGAUAUCUUGUAUUAAUAUAUAGCUUUAUGAAACCAUUUUUUUUAAAAAUUAGUAUCCCUGAUUAAUCUAUUAUUAAUAUACUUUUAAUAUCAUUGCAAAGUUGCUCAUGAGAAACAUAAAUAUAUGUUAUGACAUCAGUAUUAAUUGCAAAUCCUGCAAAAUCCUUAAUUAAGGAAAAAUCUUUUUUUUUAUAAUAUUGUUUUAAAGCACUUUUGAUAUAAAGACUGUAAACGUUAUUAGAUGUUAUCCACUUUAUUUAAUUUUCCAAUUGAUCUGAUCUUUGAAAGAUUGUGAAUCCUUUUUAUGCUGAUAUACUUCACUUUAUUCUGUUUUUAAAUUAUUUUUACCAUUGACAGUCAAUUUUAAUCUUCUCACUUUAAAAAAAAAUUUAUAAGAUGUUGAAUUAUU